CUGGUAUCACCUAAGUUGGUCACGUGACCCACUUAUCAUCUUUCCGAAUGCCCAUAGACAAUCCUUCAUCGACUUCUUUGGUUUAUAGCCACGAGGUUUUUAGCUAUAUUUCAAUUUAUUAGUGAAAUAAUAAAAAUACGCUUCGUUUUCUUUGAACGAAAUGCCACCCAGUAAUCCUUUGCCGCCCAAAGAAAAUGCGCUAUUCAAAAGAAUUUUGCGUUGCUAUGAACAUAAACAAUAUAAAAAUGGUUUGAAAUUUGCCAAGCAAAUCCUCUCCAACCCAAAAUUCGCUGAACAUGGAGAGACCCUGGCAAUGAAAGGUUUGACUCUAAACUGCCUGGGACGGAAAGAAGAAGCUUAUGAAUAUGUGCGCCGAGGCCUUCGCAAUGAUCUCAAGUCCCCAGUCUGUUGGCAUGUCUAUGGCCUCCUGCAGCGGUCCGAUAAGAAAUAUGAUGAGGCAAUCAAAUGUUACCGGAAUGCUCUUAAAUGGGAAAAGGAGAAUAUACAGAUUCUUCGGGAUUUAUCCCUUCUCCAGAUCCAGAUGAGAGAUUUAGAAGGAUACAAGGACACCCGGUACCAGCUGUUCAUGCUCCGACCAACACAGAGGGCUUCCUGGAUAGGCUUCGCAAUGAGCUAUCACCUGCUCGGAGACUACGAAAUGGCCAACAGCAUUCUCGAUGCCUUCCGUACAAACCAAAUGAAAGGACCGUAUGACUAUGAACAUUCAGAACUGCUUUUGUACCAAAACAUGGUUCUUGCGGAGUCCGGACAGUUUGACAGGGCGCUGUCACAUCUACACAAGUUCCAGACGCAGAUUCUUGAUAAAUUAUCAGUGAAAGAAACUAGUGGGGAAUAUUAUUUGAAGUUGAAGAGAUUUAAAGAGGCGGAGGCAGUUUAUGAAGACUUACUAAAACGGAACCCUGAAAAUGUGAUGUAUUAUCAGAAACUUAUAGAUGCUAAACAACUUAGUGAUCCUGAUGAAAAAGUGGCCUUCUUCGAUGUAUAUAAGAAAGAGUAUCCCAAAGCAAUAGCGCCCCGGCGGCUGCAGCUGUCGGAGGCGGGCUCGGCGGCCGUGUUCGCGCGGCUGGUGGACGAGUACCUGCGCCACGGCCUGCACAAGGGCAUCCCGCCGCUCUUCGUCGACAUUAGAUCGUUAUACGCAGACAAAAGCAAAGCGGAAACGAUAGAAAACCUAGUACUGCAAUACAUAGAAAAUUUAUCCAAAACCGGCACAUUCAGUUCCGAGCCGAGCGAAGCGAAGCAGCCGGCCAGCGCUCUUCUAUGGGCGUACUAUUACGCCGCUCAGCACUUCGAUUAUAAGAAGGAUACGGACCGGGCUUUGAAGUAUAUUGACGCCGCGAUAGAACACACACCCACGUUGAUCGAGCUGUUUAUUGUUAAAGGAAGGAUAUACAAGCACGCGGGCGACCCGGUGUCGGCGUACCAGUGGCUGGAGGAGGCGCAGGCGAUGGACACGGCGGACCGCUACGUGAACAGCAAGUGCGCGCGCUACAUGCUGCGCGCCGGCCACGUGGCGCGCGCCGAGGAGAUGUGCGCCAAGUUCACCAGAGAAGGUGUACCGGCCACAGAAAACCUGAACGAAAUGCAGUGUAUGUGGUUCCAAACUGAAGCAGCGGCGGCCUACCAGCGCGCCAGGCAGUGGGGCGAGGCGCUCAAGAAGGCACAUGAAGUUGACAGGCACUUCUCCGAAAUAAUGGAGGACCAAUUCGACUUCCACUCGUACUGCAUGCGCAAGAUGACGCUCCGCUCGUACGUGGGGCUGCUGCGGCUGGAGGACGUGCUGCGCGCGCACCCCUUCUACUUCCGCGCCGCGCGCGCCGCCAUCUCCGUGUACCUGCGGCUCUACGCCUGCCCGCUGCAGGACAACGUGCAGCCGCAGGAGCCCGAUACAGAGAAUCUCGCGCCGUCCGAACUGAAGAAGCUGAGGAAUAAACAGAGGAAAGCGAAGCGUAAAGCCGAACAGGAAAGCAUGCUGGCGGCACAAGUACAGGUGAAGAGAGAGCAACACCACAAGGCGCGGCAGCAGCAGGAGCAGGGCGAUCCGGAGGCUCCACAACUAGACGAGCUCAUCCCCGACAAAUUGGCUAGGGCGGAGGAUCCUCUAGAGCAGGCGAUCAAGUUCCUGCAGCCGCUGCGGACGCUCGCCGCCGAUAGGAUAGAAACAUAUUUAAUGGCCUUUGAAAUAUACUUUAGGAAAGAGAAACCCCUCCUAAUGCUACAGAGCAUAAAGCGCGCGUGGCGGUUGGAGCCCGGGCACCACCACCUGCACGACUGCCUGGUGCGCUUCCGCGGCUGGCUCGACCAGAACCAGCUGGCGCCCGCCGUGGCCGAGGUCGUCAACAAGGAGACGCAGGAGGUACGCAGACUCCUCCCUGACUACAGGAGCCUCCCACCACCACCUGCACGACUGCCUGGAGCCUCCCACCACCACCUGCACGACUGCCUGGUGCGCUUCCGCGGCUGGCUCGACCAGAACCAGCUGGCGCCCGCCGUGGCCGAGGUCGUCAACAAGGAGACGCAGGAGGUACGCAGACUCCUCCCUGACUACAGGAGCCUCCCACCACCACCUGCACGACUGCCUGGAGCCUCCCACCACCACCUGCACGACUGCCUGGUGCGCUUCCGCGGCUGGCUCGACCAGAACCAGCUGGCGCCCGCCGUGGCCGAGGUCGUCAACAAGGAGACGCAGGAGGUACGCAGACUCCUCCCUGACUACAGGAGCCUCCCACCACCACCUGCACGACUGCCUGGAGCCUCCCACCACCACCUGCACGACUGCCUGGUGCGCUUCCGCGGCUGGCUCGACCAGAACCAGCUGGCGCCCGCCGUGGCCGAGGUCGUCAACAAGGAGACGCAGGAGGUACGCAGACUCCUCCCUGACUACAGGAGCCUCCCACCACCACCUGCACGACUGCCUGGAGCCUCCCACCACCACCUGCACGACUGCCUGGUGCGCUUCCGCGGCUGGCUCGACCAGAACCAGCUGGCGCCCGCCGUGGCCGAGGUCGUCAACAAGGAGACGCAGGAGGUACGCAGACUCCUCCCUGACUACAGGAGCCUCCCACCACCACCUGCACGACUGCCUGGAGCCUCCCACCACCACCUGCACGACUGCCUGGUGCGCUUCCGCGGCUGGCUCGACCAGAACCAGCUGGCGCCCGCCGUGGCCGAGGUCGUCAACAAGGAGACGCAGGAGGUACGCAGACUCCUCCCUGACUACAGGAGCCUCCCACCACCACCUGCACGACUGCCUGGAGCCUCCCACCACCACCUGCACGACUGCCUGGUGCGCUUCCGCGGCUGGCUCGACCAGAACCAGCUGGCGCCCGCCGUGGCCGAGGUCGUCAACAAGGAGACGCAGGAGGUACGCAGACUCCUCCCUGACUACAGGAGCCUCCCACCACCACCUGCACGACUGCCUGGAGCCUCCCACCACCACCUGCACGACUGCCUGGUGCGCUUCCGCGGCUGGCUCGACCAGAACCAGCUGGCGCCCGCCGUGGCCGAGGUCGUCAACAAGGAGACGCAGGAGGUACGCAGACUCCUCCCUGACUACAGGAGCCUCCCACCACCACCUGCACGACUGCCUGGAGCCUCCCACCACCACCUGCACGACUGCCUGGUGCGCUUCCGCGGCUGGCUCGACCAGAACCAGCUGGCGCCCGCCGUGGCCGAGGUCGUCAACAAGGAGACGCAGGAGUGUGUGGGACUCGCCGCUCCUUAUCCCUCUCUUAGCGAGAGGGAGGGAGAAUUUGGCCCUACCCACUAA